AUGGUUCUAGGCCAAAAAGAUAGAAGUAAUCGUAUGUUAAUAGAUGACGCAGCCCAGAAAGAGGGCAGUGAAGUAGAUGACGACUAUCCUUCUAUUAGCAAGCAACUCAGAAGAUACUUUUCGAUUGCUCACUGGUGUUUACUUUUUCCUGUGGAUGGUGUUACUAAAGAAGAUGGGCAUGAUGUAAGAUUUUCAUGGACAAGUAAUGCUACUAUAUUUAGUUUGUUGUCACUGGUUAUAUCGUCGUUUUCAUUUUUGGCAGUUGUCUCUCAAGUUUUAAAGGACAACGUAAACUACUAUAGGUAUGCGAACAGUCUCAUUAGUUCCCUGGUUUCGGUAUUGCUAAAAGUUGUGUUCCUAAUGCAAGCCCGACAUUGGCCAGCUAUGAUCAAGCAAUGGGCUUCGGUGGAACGGAAAUUAAAGCCUUUGUUUGAAGAUUUGUCCAAACACGAGAAGUCUGUAGGUGAUUAUAAUAUGAUAAUGAACGUUUACUUGGCUGCUACUCUUAUACUUAUAGUGACACAUUAUCUUCUUAGCCUAGAGCUAGCAUUGCAAUGCAGUGAAUCUUUUUUUGAAGUUUUUAAUUUAACAAUUGCAGAAGCCUAUUUUGAUAUGUACUCCGCCACGUCUUUCUCCUUGUGGAAGGCGAUUAUUCCCACGGUACUUCAUGUUCAGGAAAGGCUCAUUUGGAUGCUCAUGGACCUCUAUGUGAUCUUGUUGUCCAGAUCGAUCUGUUCCUACUUCGUCCGGAUCAACCAGAGAUUGAUCAAAGUCCAACACAAAAGUAUGCCGACAAGUUUCUGGCUGUUCAUGAGAGAGAGCUACAACAGUGUGACCUUCUUGACUAAACAACUUGACAGUCACUUGGCUUGGAUGAAUCUUUACUGCUUUGGGUCACCGCUGUUUUUCAUAACCUCAGCGAUACUGGAGACAUUUUCAGCCAAGAGCGUUCUUAAGGGCGUGGCAGAUCUGUACAAAUUGGUUUAUGUGAUCGGUCGCUUCAUCAUAACCUCACACUCAGCAUCUGCCUUGCACGACGAGAGCAAGGUUCCUGUACAGAUCCUCUUCUCUGUGCCUGCCGAGUCCUACAACACAGAGGUGGCAAGAUUCCAGACACAAACCUUACACUGUGAUACCGCACUCACUGGCUGUAAUUAUUUUUCUAUCACAAGAUCCUUCAUGUUGACUGUAGCUGGAACUAUUGUCACUUAUGAAGUAAUAUUACUGCAAUUUGGGUCAGUUGAAUUUUACUAUAGAGCUAAAAAUAUGACUGAAGCGUGCAACAUCUUACUAACGACUAUAUAUUCUGGAGAUAGUCGUAUUGCGUCCAAUUAA